UGACGCUAAACUUGAGGAGUACCAGAGAAUGUCUAAUAAGGAGACGUAGACGGGCUCUGGGAGUACGGUUUAUUGUGUUGAGGCUGUAGCUAGUCCGUCUUACCACCUUCCAUAGAAGAGUCCAAUGUCCCGUAAAGCACUGAAGGUGGUGGUUGAGUUACAGUUCAGAGCGGUUUCUUGUCCUGGAGUUCAUCUGCCAGCCAAGGAUGAUAUCUACCUCAGCAUGUGCUUCAUGGGCCAGUACCGUCAGUCUGAAUGUCUCCCUGCCGUCUUUCCUCUGCUGUUCCAUGAGAAGAUGACCUUUGAAAAGAUUUUCAGGCAUGCAGUUGACCCUGGAGACAUCGCUGUAAUGCUUGAAUAUGAGACGGCCAGAGUUGAACUGGUGCAGCUGAUUCCUCCAGUGGGGGACACUCUGGCCUGCUUUGAAGAAGACGCUCGACGUUUCUUGUUCCCGGAGCCCAAACUGGUUCCCUCCUUCUCUGGAGUGGAUCGAGAGGUUCUGAUGACCCGAGCGCCACACUUUCCAGGUAUCGCACCAAGGUUGGAGUUCUCCACCAAAACAACCAUCAUUGAGUGCUCAGCUGAUGCAGAGAUCAAUAUUUACCCCAAUGUACCCAUGAGGCCAGCGAUAAAGAGGAACAGGAAACACCCCAGCAGACCCAGGACCUGCUCUCCUCAGAGGAAACAACCUCAGAACCUCGGAAGGAGACGAAGUCACAGACCUGGCAGCACCAGGUCACCGUCAUACAUCCCCAGGUCCCAGUCCCUGUCCCCUCUGAGAGCUGGAAACGCCCAGCGUCUGGCCCGACUCAGCCUGGACUCUGCAGCUCCCGACCCCACUGACUGGGACACGACCAGCACCUCCCAGCCAAUUCUGGCCUCAUGGCCUGGAGCCAGUCGAUCUGCCUCGCCCCACCGCUCUACAGUGUUUACCAACUCCUCAUCACCUUUGACCAGGUCUUCAUCCACAGUGAGAUUUUCUCCAACUGGCAGAAGAAAAUCUUUAUCCAAUGGUUUGGUUGGACGGAUAUCAGGAGACGACUCCAGCUCUUCAGAAACACACGACCCCCUUGACUACCACCAAGGUCCUGACGCUUCAAGACAGCAGCAGUCUUACAGGGACGAGGCCAGGCACAGCAGGUCUCAGUCCAGCUUUCACAGAGAAUGGGAAGAGGUUCAAGAGCGUGUCCGAGGACUCCUUACGACACCAAAAGCUGUACGCCGACUUGUCUAUGGGGCCACACACUCCGAAAUAGACAAGGUUUUAGCCAGGAGAUCCAUCUCUCCAGGUCCACCAUGACGAGCAGGCCAGGCUGUGGAUAGGGAGAGAGACCAUCACCUUGCCAAUGAAGUCUUCAGAUCUCAAGACUCUCCUGAUAUUUGUGUGUGUGCAAAACAUAGAGGUAUUUCACUGCAGUGGUUUGAUACAUGUCCAUACACCCUGUAUUAAUGACUGGCAAAAUAAGUUGUCUUAUGUUAAAAUAAAGUUUUUAGAAUUGAAA